AUGUCUAGCGACGCGGAAAAGAAGUUAUUAGUUUCCAUUCUUAGGCAGGCCAAUAUUAGUCACAUCGAUUGGGACAGAGUUGCAAAGGAUCUCAGCGUUCCCACCAAGUCAGCUGCACAAAUGCGAUGGCAGCGAUUCAAAAAGACGUUGCCUGACUUCAACCAAGAACAAAACAGGAGUGCGAACUCCUCGCCACCAGCAACACCGAGAAAAAGACAAUCUCCGACGAAAAGCAAAGCUCUCAAAGGCAGCCCCUUGAAGAAGCAAAAGCGUUUGAAACUUGACAGUGAUGACGACGACGAACUAGGAUUCGAUAACUACGAGGAGAAGGAGAACAAGAUUGCCCCCGAGACACCAGCACGAAGUCUCCCAGGUAGAAAAGCAAAAGCCAAGUCUCCGAUCAAGGAUGCAGGUACGAGCGAUGAGGGAGAUGACAUCGAGAAUGAGGAAUCAGGUGAAUAUGGGGAAACUCAAGAAACCGAGUUAACUCAGGAAACUGUUGCGAGAGGGGAGACUGCUGUUGAUUUGGGAUCGGAUUUCGAUGAAGAUGUGGAAGCAUGA